UGUUUAAGUGCUUUUACAGUGACUGUCAAAAUUUGUGGAAGAAGCAAUUUUUUCUUUAUGUGCUGAGUGAAAAAAUACAAGCUUUGGUAAUAUUUCUAGUAUUUGCGCCGCUAAAAACCUAAAAACUCACAGCUGCAACAGUUAUAAUGAUGCUUUUCAUGCUGCUGUUCAGUCGGCAGGGCAAAUUGCGGCUGCAAAAAUGGUAUAUGGCCUAUCCAGACAAGACCAAAAAGAAGAUAACACGUGAGCUGGUCACGACGAUAUUAGCGCGCAAGCCCAAGAUGUGCUCGUUUCUCGAGUGGAAAGAUUGCAAAAUUGUCUACAAGCGCUAUGCCAGCUUGUAUUUCUGUUGCGCCAUCGAGCAGAACGACAACGAGCUGCUGACACUGGAGAUAAUCCAUCGCUAUGUCGAGCUCCUGGAUAAGUAUUUUGGAAGCGUCUGCGAAUUGGAUAUCAUAUUCAAUUUUGAGAAAGCGUAUUUCAUAUUGGAUGAGUUGUUGAUCGGCGGCGAGAUUCAGGAGACAUCGAAGAAGAAUGUCCUUAAAGCGAUUGCCUCACAGGAUCUGCUACAAGAGGACGAAGCUGUUGAGGGCACUUUAAGAGACAUUGGACUACUCUAAAAGAAAGCCAAUACGUAGAAUGUAGUUGUUAUUACACAAAUGCAAACAUGCACGCACGCCCAUAUAGAACACACACACGCACACACACACACACAGACACAGACACACUCAUGUAUACAUAAGUACUUAGCUGCAGCAAUAUGAGUGCACAACAUUCACACCUUACACCGUAUGUAAAGAAAAAACUAUGUGUGUGUGCUGUUAAAGCCUUAAAGUAAAACUAUAGAACAUCAUUUGGAAUUCACAAAUAAACAACAAAGUGCAAUUAGUAUUUUCACAUAGCGAGGCUAAAAAUAGAAAGAAAGAAAAAAAACAGUUAAGACAAGUGCAUAGCUAAUACAACAACCAUAUGGC